GCAAUCCUGACGGAGCUGUCACUAAGAAGUGGACUUGGCCGGGUCGGACUGGCACAAUGUUAAAGGACGGCGUGACUAUACAGGUGUCUGAUCAGAUCUCUGUGCGGCUGUUGAGUGGCACCUGCGCCCUCCUCGUCUUCAGGGGUCAGAAGGAGAUGGUCCAGCUCCCGCUGUCUCCGCUCUCCCGCCAGGUCCUUCCGAAGGCAACGGCCUGUCUGCAGACGGAGGGGGUGGCGUUCACCUCUCCAACCGCAGAUUAUUCUGUGUUUCAGGGACCAGUGCAUUCCAGUGAGGGCCCAGUGAGGGCGAAACUGGAAAAACCAUGUCCGUUCCAGAGAGCAGGUCGGGCAGGACGGGAGCUCACAAGACUCCAGAGGAGAGUAUUUAAGAUCCUGGACGACUGGCUGGAGUUUUAUCGUAACUGCACAGGAAUCAAGUGCCCAGAUAAGGAACGAAUGCCAGAUGGCCUGGUUCGGCCCAGACAGAAGAGAGUAAUCCAAUCAACCCCUCUUGGGUCUCUGAACCCCACCAAAGAAAUGUCAGACAGUACAAUAGGUCUAAAAUAUAGAGACAGCACAGAGCUACAAACCAACCCCAGACACCUGCCACUGACCACACCUGCAGAUGUCCCACUUCCUGGUUCCACCUUCAAGUUGUCACGGACAUUAACUCAGAAGAAAAAGGGAGGGGAGAAGAGAGUGGAGCUUCUUCACUUCUGCCAGCCAGGGACCUCCAGAAUCCACAAUGACAUCAAACUGGAUUCUGGAGGGAACCUGAGACGCAGUCCAGAGCUCCACCCUAUUGCCCUGACCCACCACUACCCAUCCACCACCCCCUGCGGCGCCUCCAGACCGUGUCCUGCCCAGCUCAGGGCCAUUCUUCUGGGGGAAGAGGGACCGAACCACAGGCGGUGCCACUGUAGCUCCAGGCUGAUGCCACUCCUGACAGACCUGGAGUAUGAUGCCUUCAUCCAGGGCCAGCCCCCCCACAGCGAACAGAUCCUGGUGGUUUGCGUGACCCCCCUCUUCGCUCUCCACACCUCAUCGCAACCCGACGCGGGGCUGCUUGAUCGGCUGUACCAGAGGAGGAACAGAAACAGGACAAUGCCAUGCUAUCAGAGUCAGUUGGACUCGUUCCGCCUGGUGAGGUACGAGUUGUCUGCAGGGAAGACCUGCCCUGGCACCCAUAAUGCACUUCUGCAGCAGAGACACAACGUUGCCCCGGGGAUGUUUCUGAUGUACAUCCGAGGGAAGCUGCUGUUUGCUGAUUACAUCUUCAACGGGUACAGCUGUUCAGUGGGGGACCUCCAGAAGCAGAUUUCAAAAACCAGGGCGUUCUACAGAAUGGGCCAGAGCUUACCCCCAGACUAUAGGUUCAGUGGUCAGGUGAACAGUCCCAUAGCUGGGGACUCAGAUGGCCACCAGACAGCUCAGAAAGCCUCUGGUGCAGGAGGACACAUCCACCGGGAAACACGUCCUGUUGAAAUCCCAACUAGAAAAUCAACGGAGGUACCGCUGACCUCACCUGUCGUGGAAAACAAAAACCCUGGUCUGCUGAAGGCCCGGGGGCGUGCUGGGUCUUAUCAGGUGCACUAAAGCACAUUGAUUUGUCGAUGUUAGGUGAGAUCUGAGUCUGUGUCAUGUCACUGACUUGAAUGUGUCUCCUUUCCUUGAAUUUAACAAAGCAACUUUCCACAUGAACGCACGGCGCAAUGUUUUAUGGAUACGGAACCUCUGGACUCUAUAUAACAACUAUUUAGACUUUUAGAUUUAGAAGCUUAUCUUCAUAUGUUCUAGGACAACUGAAAGCUAUUUCCAUGAUUUCAACCAAUAUUAAAGUGAAAUUACCCAAAUGAUUGUGUGUGGUUGUUAGUGGACAUCAGUAACAGUAA